GUUUCGCUGCUCGUGGCGAGGCCGUGUCUCGAGGAAUGGGGCAUCGUGGUGGACUACCGGAACAAGAAGGCGAUGUACCUGGACGAGGAUCCGCAGACCUGGAGCGAUAUCGAGACCAAUGAGAAGGGCCACAUGAUCAUAGACCUCCUGAGCUGUCCUGAUGAUGCGCUGGAGGUGAAAGAGGAGCCCAGCACGACUGACGCCGACGCGGACGGAGACCACGAGGCCAAGAGCGACAACGAAGUGGCGUACUGCGUGACCAGCACGCACGGAGAGGAGAAAGAGAACGCGGAGACGACCGACCUUGACGCCGAACAGCUCAAUAAUUGGUUUGCGAAGGCGAACCGAAUGCUCGACGAGAAGCCGAAGGUGAAGCGCAAGUUCUGGGAUAUCUUUGUCAACGAAGGCAGGAUUUCGCAAUGUGUCGAGCAGCGUGGCGACUUCAAAGCGAGCGAGUUCACCCUGGACACUGGCUGGUAUUUUACGAAGAAGUCACACAGUGAGGCGUUUUUCGAGAAGUUACGGCGUGACAGGCCAGAAGGAGUGUGGAUUUCACCGCCAUGCACGCUGUGGUCGACGAUCAACACACUGAACGACGCAAGCGAAGAUGACAGAUACCGACGACAGAGACGACGUGAACGUGAAAAGCAGAAGAAGGAUUUCCUGAAGUUCAGCCGGGAAAUCUACGACGAACAGUUGAGGAACGAGCGGGAUGCUCAUUUGGGGCAUCUGAGGUAUGCCGCGUCGUGGAAGGAGGAUGUCUGGCAGAAUAUGGUGGGCUACGACACGUUCGUGGACCAGUGCGCGUACGGGCUGAAGGCAUUGGACCGUGACGGGCACAAGCUAGGGCCGAUUAAGAAGCCCACGAAUGCGAGGACGACCAAGUACAACAUGCAUGAGGGACUUUGGAGGCGCUGCAGCUGCAAGGAGAAGCACGUUAUGUUGGAAGGAGCGCGCAACGUGCGCGGUGUGGAAAACUAUCCGAGGAGCAUGGCGUUUCAGGCCGCUAUUUGCAUCGUGGACGACCCUCAGAGCGAGUCGAGCUACGUGGUGGAAGAGAUGACGCAGGAGGAGUUCGACAAGAUCGAGUGCAAAGAGGUGUGGAAGACGCUACUUGCGAAGUUCACGAUCGACGAGGUGAAAUGGGUCGAAAAAGUGCAUGUGCAGAUGGGUCACCCAUCUAGCGAGGCGCUGGCGGCGGCGCUCAAGGAGAUGAACGCAGACGAUCGCUUGGUGAGUUGUGCGCGGAUUUACAGAUGCGAGGUUUGUUUGAAGAGGCAGAGGUAUGAGGUCGACGCGGUCGUGAAAGACGAGAAGGCGAAGACGGAGAUCAAGGCGAUCGAGAAGAAUUGGAUAAACUGGGCAGGUGUACAGGCAAGGACCAGGGCCGAUCAGAGUGGAGCGCGUGUAAGUGAGGAUUUUUCGGAGUGGUGCGAUGCGAGGCAGAUCAAGUUGCAGUUUAUGCCGAGGGACGCGCACCACAGGCUUGGGAUUCUUGAGAGGAACCACCAAGGUCGACGAGAGCAGAUUGCGAAGUACCACGAAGAUCGGCCCGACGACAGCCUGAAGGUGACAGUUCGCGUGACAUGCGACAUGAGGAACAGGUUACGCGACGUCGGAGGAUUUACGCCGGCGCAGCGUGCGCUCCGGCGUCAACCGAGAGACCUAGGCAACGUUGCGGACGAGCCGGCGACACUGGGUGAUCUCGGCGAGCAUGAUGAGGAGUUCUACCAGAACAUGGCGCGGAGGAGUUUCAGAUCGGCGAGUAUGUGUAUUUCUGGGGGGCGAGAUAAGGGCGAGAGCGACUUGAUCAAGAGCUAUUGGAAGGGGCCUGCGAUGGUCGCGCAGGUCGAGUGCACGGGCGAUCCCGACAAGUCGAGGCAAUCGGUGGUCUGGUGCGUGCACAAUAACGCGCUGCUCAGGCUGCUCGAGAAGCUGAAGGAUGCGACUGGGUCCAUCAAGUACAAGGAUUGUGUUGGAGAGGCGCCUGGCGACCCAGGCGACUACGUUGACGAUGGACGACCUGAAGGUAUGGACGUCGACGCCGAGGGCGUGGACACAGACGGACAAGUUGCAGGGCCAGGAGAUGGGCAAGCGCGACCCGACGAGGACCAGCGGAGCGGCGACGAGGCCGAGCCAUUCGCGCAGGCGCCGUCAGAGGCGCAGCCGCAAGAUGCGGCAGGCGAGACUCGGCCGGAAGCUGCUGUGCAGACGAACGAAGGGGAGCGCGAACCCGAUCUCGAGGCCGCGAGCCGAGAGACAGCAGAAGACGUUGAGCCAGAAGCCAAGGUGGAAAAGCGGAAGGCAGAUGACAGAGACGAACUACUGGAUAGCAUCAACGCGGCAAGGCGGCUGGACGGGCUCCGAUCACUGAUGAAGAGGCCGAAGAUCACCCCGAUGGAGACGCAGACUAAGACGGCCAGGCUCACGAUGGACGAGAGGAAGCAGUUCGAUGAGGCCAAGACCAAGACGCUGAUGCCCUGGAUCGAGAACCAGGCGUGGCAGGCGGUCAACGAGUCCACGGCGGACGCUGGUGAAAUAUGCCCCAGGCGUUUCUUGCUGAAGUGGGGGAUGAAAGACGGAGUUCGAGAGGCCAACGCCAGAGUUAUUCUACAGGAAUUUCACUUGGAGGAGGUCACGAGCACGAAUAUGGAGAAGGCCAGUCCGACGCUGACGAGGCUUGCGAGGUAUAGCAUCCUACUCAUCCUGUGCCAGCAGUCGUGGAAGAUGAUCGCGGCAGACGUAAAGAGCGCGUUCCUGCAGGCGAAUGACACUCGCGAACAAGGGGUGCGAAUAUUCUGCAGACCGACGAAGGACAUCCAAAGAAGGCUGGCCAAGCUGAUGAACCUGAAGGGCGACGAGAUUCUGCAGAUGCUGAAACCCGCUUUCGGAGAUGUUCGGGCGCCACGGCAAUGGAAUCAGACGAUCACCGAGGCCAUGAUCGACAUUGGGUUCCUCCAACGCCAGCUGGAUCGAUGUUGUUUUCUGUCGUACCGUGUGGCGACGGAAGGCGACGGCCCGUUCCUGGUAUGGGGGGCGGGUGACGGCCAGAACUACGUCCUGGACGGGGUUCUGGGAUUGCACGUGGACGACUUCAUCGGCGGCGGCGAGAACCUGGAGUGCGAGGCGGACCUGACCGACAAGCAAGCCUACGAGGGCACGUUCCUGGAUCGAGUUCAGAAUCUCAGCAUGAGGAACGAGAUCGAGGUCAAGACCGAGGCGUACAUCCACAAGGUCAAGCCGAUAAGCAUCGAGAAGGUUCGCCGACAGCACCCGGACGAUUUGUGUAGACCAAAGGAGAUCAGCCAGCUGCGAGGACUGAAUGGAGCUAUGCAGUGGCCGGCAUCUCAGUGCAUGGUGCAGGCGGCGGCGACGGUUUCGUUUGCCCAAGGCGACGUGAGCAAGGCUACAGUGGGGAGUUUGCUGGAAGCCAACAAGUCAUUGCGGUUCCUGAAUACGAGCGGAGACGUGGGCAUUCGUAUCCGAUAUGUAUCUAAGUGGGAGGUGCUACGUCUGGGAGUAUACUGGGACGCUUCGUGGGCAACGAGGCCGAAUGGUGAAUCACAAGGAGGUUAUAUGAUAUUUGCUAUUGAGGACGAGAGGACCGACGACGGACAGCCGACGUUUCUGGUUAUUCUGGAGUGGGCGAGCCGGAAGUUGGUGCGCAUUUGCAGGAGUUCCCUGGCAGGAGAAGUUCAGGCGGCCGCCAACGCCGUGGGCGCUCUGGAGUUUGCGAAGACGAUGCUGACCACCAUGCUCUACCCCAACCAGCAGCUGGCGGGCAAGGGCAUGCUGCAAGUGCUGGGGCGGAGUCCGUGCAUCGCGGACUGCAAGGCGCUCUACGAUGCGGCGAAUUCUCAAGCACCAGCCGGUGGCUUGACGGAGCGCAGGACGGGCAUCGAGAUCAUGCAGGUGAGCGAGAAGAUGAGGGACUGCAUUUCCAACUUGUGA